AUGUUAUCUUUAAAUCAAUAUUGGUCAAGUAUAUCACAACAAUUACUAAUAUUUUCAAAUACUGCAUUGGAUUACAUUUGGCCUCCUAUACCAAGUUUUGAUCUACUUUACAAAUUGAUAGUUGAAGAAUUUCCACACAAAGCAGAACCUUUAUAUGUUCAUAUAACUUAUCUAAAAAAUUUGUUGCAACUUUUGGAAUACACGAAUAAAUUGCAAUCUGAUGUUUUACAACUAAUAUUUAGUCAGUUGAUUCAAAUUGAUACAGAGAUACAAGGAAAAUUUAAUGAUAUAAAAGAUUUAGAAGAUUCAAUUCCACAGUAUGAUAUAUCACUUUAUGGCGAUGGAAAUAAUUCAGAUUCUUUAAAUUCAAUGGUAUAUCAAAAACUAUCAACAAUCCAAACCGAUUUGUUGUCGUCCUCACAAAGUCAUCAAAAUAACGAUGUCAAUUAUAAUGAUUUUAAUAUGUUAACAGGAUAUGAUGAUGAAAGUGAUGGUGAUAAUAUGGACAAUACUUCACAAAUGGUCACAAUACUUGACAUUAAAGAUUUAUUAGAAAAGUUGGAUUGUAUGAUGAAGUUGUUGUUUGAUUAUUUAAGUUGGUGCUAUAAAAAUACUACAAAGAAAGGACAAGAGGAAAUUUACAGAGUUUUGAUGAAUGUUUUUGAAAAGAGAAUUUUGCACACUUGUAAAUCGCGAUAUGUUCAAUUCAUAAUUUUUUGGUACGUUUCGCUUGACUAUUCAUUUUCAAGGCGUUUUUUAACACUAAUUUUACGAAAAACAUUUGGGGAACAAGAAUCAGAAAUCAUUAGAUUCUCGGCAACCCAAUAUCUUGCAUCGUUUGCUGCCCGUGCCAAAUUUCUUAAAAAACAAGAGUUACGUCAAAUAUUUCAUAUUGUAGGCAGUUGGAUUGAAAGAUACAUAUGCAAAUAUAAAGUGUCAGUUGCGCACAAACAAGCCAAACAAAAUAAACAUUUCUAUUCAGUGUUAACAGGUAUAAUGUACAUCUUCUGUUAUAGAUGGAGCGAUCUCGCAAAUAAAAAUGGAUGGUGUAAAGAAACUGAUUGGAUCAAAACUAUUCUAAAUUCAAAUUUUAAACCUUUGGAGAUGUGUGCACAAUCUAUUGUAGAAGUAUUUAUUUACAUAACGAAUAAAGUGAACUUUUUACAAUGUAAUGCGAAUUAUGGAAUUCGUCAUGACGAAGAGGAGGAAAGUUUAUGGGAAAUGUCAAAAUUUUUUCCAUUUGAUCCUUUUGGACUUAAAACUUCACAACAUUACUUAAAUGAUAUAUAUAUUCAUUGGGAGGGGUUUUCAGAAUAA